GAAGGGGCAGGGAGGGACUGUGAGGUUAACUUGGAUCCAGAUCCACUGUUGCAACAACUGAUUACAGACACAAGACACACAGUUCUGGAGCACCAACUCUAACAAGACUGGAAAGCUUUCUGAGGGAGGAAGAAUAAGAUAUAUUCAGCUGUUUGAGAAGAAGAAGAGGUUUCUUUCCAUCGCAGUGACACUGUUUCAAACUGUGUCUGCAGCUGUCCUUGUUUCACUUUGGGGGUUUUUUGUUUUAGUGGUUUGUAUGCUCCAGAAGAGCUCAGGAAAUCAGAGGAAAAGUCUGUUUCUGACAUUUCAGACGCAGAAAUACUGAAGUUCUCAUUGCAGCGGCUCUUGUUUCAGUGCUGGGCUGUCAAACUGAGAAGAGGCAGAAAAGUCCUGCAGAAUGCAUCGCAUCGUUUUUCUCUGUCUCUCUCUGAUCGUCGGUUCAGUCUGGAGUCAGGGGUCUACGCAGGAUGCCUUCAUACUCCAGUACCUGGAGAGGAGGCUCGCUCAGGUGGAGGAGCGUCUGAAUGUAUGUGAGCAGAAUACAAUGGGAGCCACCCAAAAGACCUACGACCUGUCCUCUGACAUCAGGGGUUACCUGUCCACUCUUACUGUUAUAAGAUCAGAGAUAAAGAACCAGGUGGACAGCGUGUCUGUCCGGCUGGACCGGGUGGAGAGAGAGGUGGAAUAUCUCGAAAACAAGAUUCCUACUCAGUCAAAUAUUGAGAUGGAGGAGGCGCUGCUGGAGCAACAAAUACAGGCUGCAGAGCUGGACUUGAUGCAGAAGAGGGCCAGGAUCAAAGUUGAAAAGGAUUGCAACACGGCUCUGAGUCAAAUCAAGUCUCUGAAGAUCGUGAAGAAGGCAGGAGACACGUAUGGUUGCUGGUUCAAGGACCCCUCUGAAGGAUCAGAUAAGGUCUACCUGCUCAGUGGAAUCCGUAACAGCACUCUGGUAGAGUAUGCUUCUCUGCACAGUUUCACAGAGAGAACCACCACACCGCCAGCCAAGGUUCUGCAGCUGCCUUUUCAUUGGCAGGGGACCGGUCAUGUGGUCUACAACGGAUUCAUCUACUACCACAAGGCGGACACACCAAACCAGAUAAUGAAGGUGGACCUGACAAACGGUACAGUGGUGGACAGCACUCUGUUACCAGGGGCAGGCCGUCUACCAGUCUACAGUCUUAACCCCAACACCUACCUGGACCUGGCUGUGGAUGAACUUGGACUGUGGGUCAUACAUGCUGACCCUGAGUAUGGAGGAAACCUGGUCAUUACUAAACUGGAUAAAGCAAGUUUGGCAGUAGAGUACACCUGGGAUACACAGUGUAGAAGCCGUGAUGCUGAAGGAGCCUUUCUAAUAUGUGGAACCCUCUAUGUGGUGUACAACACGCGGUACGGAGGACGCUCCACCGUACAGUGUCUGUAUGACAUCCACGACACCUUCCACAGUGAUGAGAGUCCGGUGUUGUUCUUCCCAAAGCGCUACACCAGCCACAGCAGCAUCCACUACCAUCCAGGAGACAAGCAGCUGUACGCCUGGGAUGAUGGCUACCAAACGAUAUACAAAGUGGAGACACAGAGAAAUGAUCCAGUCACUGCUGAGUGAAGAGUUCUCACAAUGAUCAAUCUUUAAAAAUGUACCAUAUCUUUCCAAAACAGCAUCUCUCAUAUCAGCAAGGCUCAUGAUGAGCCGUCUAUAAUCCACUGUGGAUAGUUUAGUAGACCUAAACAGCAUCACUGUAACUCAUAGCUGAUAUAAGGACAUGCCCUACAAAGCAUUUAUUUUAUUGUAUAGACUUUAUGCUUUUAGUUAGCACAAUAAAGAACAUUCAAUGGCU